AUGCUAGUAUACUCUAUUGGGCUAUUAAAUGGCUUUGACGAGUAUGGUUCGAGCGGCAACACUGGGCCCAAUUAUAGUCUUGGGAGCUCGAAGAAGAGGAGCAGCGGCAUCGGGGGACUUCUCAAACGUAGAAACAGAGAGCACUACGGCUGUGAAAGAAGUUCCAAUGGAAUUUUAUCUUUGCACGAUGAUCCUCUCCUCCAUGCACGGCUAAUCUACUCAGCUAGGACCAGCAAGACACAAGUGGAAGAGCCGACUGCUACCGUUCCUCAAAUUCCGGCCCCUUUUCCCCAAAGAUUGAAGGCGCCGGCCCAUGCCAAUACCAACUCUGAGAUCUAUGAGCUUUUCAUGCAAGUCAGAAUCAAUAUCCCGUUGGUGGAUGCCGUCAAGCAAAUUCCCACGUAUGCCAAGUUUCUCAAAGACUUAUGCACUCAAAAGCGUAGGUUGAAUGUUCAAAAGAAGGUGUUCUUGACGGAGCAAGUGAGUUCUAUCAUCCAAACCAACGUGGCUCCAAAGUACAAAGAUCCGGGUUGUCCAACCAUUUCCAUCACCAUUGGCGACAAGAAGAUUGAAAAAGCCCUCCUCGAUUUGGGGGCUAGUGUGAACUUGCUUCCGUAUUCUGUUUAUGAACAAUUUGGAUUGGGGGAGAUGAGGCCAACACCAGUGACACUUCAAUUGGCCGAUAGAAGCAUCCGAGUUCCACGAGGGAUGGUGGAGGAUGUACUUGUGCAAGUAGACAAUUUUAUCUAUCCCGUGGAUUUUGUCGUGUUGGAUACUUGCCCUGUACCUACCUCCCAAGCAUCAACGUCAACUCCGGUCAUUCUUGGGCAUCCAUUCCUAGCCACAGACGAUGCCGUUAUUCAUUGCCGAAGUGGUUUGCUCAAUCUUACUUUUGGUAACAUGAAGAUGGAAGUGAACGUGUUCAACAUUGGGAGCCAAAUGGGGGACGAUGAGUGUAUCCAUGUAGUCAAUCUUAUUGAUUCUUUGGUCCAAGAGCAUGUGGACACUUUCUUGUACAAGGAUCCGUUGGAGGUGUGUCUUACCGCCGAAGAAGAAAAUUUUCUUGACUCAUCGGAGGUGGAGUAUUUGUGUUCUUUGCUUGACAUGAAAGAUGUUUGUGGGACGGAAGUAUGGUCUCCAAAAUUUGAAGAGUUGCCUCCUCUCGAGUGCAAGACCCUUCCCUCGAGUAUUCAACCACCAAAGCUCGAGUUGAAAGUCCUCCCGGAAAUAUUGAAAUAUGCCUUUUUAGGCGAGAAUGAAACCUACCCGGUGGUGAUCUCCUCCUCUCUCAACGGCUCGCAAGACGGGCGAAUUCCGGACCAUUGGACCCUGCAAGAUCGGAGGCUCUUUCUUAGUGAGGUGAAAAGAUUCUUUUUUAAUGAUCCUUAUCUUUUCAAAUAUUGUUCGGACCAAAUUAUCCGGCGAUGUGUGCCCGAUGAAGAGGCAUACCGGACCGCGUACAAGACCGUGUUAGGCGCUUCGCCCUAUCGGCUUGUCUACGGUAAGGCGUGUCACCUCCCGAUUGAGUUGGAACAUAAGGCAUAUUGGGCCAUAAAAUCUUUAAACUUUCGGUUGCUCGAUGCCGACGUUCAUCGUAAACUCCAACUCAACGAACUCGAGGAAAUCCGGCGGGAUGCGUAUGAUACACCAACAUUUAUAAAUCAAAAGUCAAAGAAUUUCAUGAUAAGAAUAUCCAAAGAAAGAAUUUUGACAUUGGGCAAAAAGUGUUGUACAAUUCUAAACUCCAUGUUUUUCCCGAAAAAUUGCGAUCUUGUUGGGAGAGGCCCUAUGUUGUGCACAAAGUUUUUCCACACGGCCCGGCCUCUUCGGGGGUACCCAUCAUUGACUUGGGUUAUAGCUUCGCACACCGCUAUUCAAACAAGGCUCGUGUUCCCAGCUCCAGUUAGUAAGGGCAAAUUUUUUAUGGUCUGGGUGGUGCCCUUCGAAGUGUUUAUGAUAACGAAUGGCGACAAUGACGCAAAAUCCUCCAACUUGGUCGAGACCUCCCGGCUAGCAUACAUUCCGGAUGAGAAAAAGUCUGAUUGGGAGAGGGAGCUUGAGGCUCAACACCGUGAGGAGCCUGUUGAGGAUGACGGUGUAGUGGAGUCGGUGGUAGUAAUUCUAGUACGACUUAAUUAG